AUAUUCCGUUUUACUUCCAUCGAGCAACAGCCUGUUAAACUGCCAAGCUUUAUAAAGUGAGUUAAGUGGAUUCUCCAACCAGGACUUUUUUUGACCAAAGCCAAGAUGACAGUACAAUUUAAAGAUGCCUUCUGGGGAGUGGACUUCAUCAGUAAUAUUGGGUAUGAGACGAUAAGUCAGAGACUAAAUGAUGGUCGACGGACAUGCAAAGACAUGGAGGAGCUCUUAAAAAUGAGGGCAUCAGCAGAGGAGAAAUAUGGCAAGGAACUAGUCACAAUUGCACGCAAAGCUGGGGGUUUAUAUGAGAUCUGCACUUUGAGAAAAUCUUUUGAUGAAAUGAAAACACAAAUGGAAAAUGUAGGAAACUUGCACAUUCAGCUUUCUGGUUUACUAAAGGAUGAGGUGAAGAGAAUGGAGCAGUUCAGAGAAAGACAGAAAGAACACCGGAAAAAGUAUGAAGUCAUCAUGGAGAAGGACCAGAAGACAAAAGUCUCCAUCUACAAGAAAGCAAUAGAUUCUAAAAGGUCCUAUGAGCAGCGAUGCAAGGAAGCAGAUGAGGCACAGCUUACAGCUGAGAAGUUGGGCAACACUCCCACAGCCACUCCCAAACAGAUCGAAAGGAUGAGCAACAAGUCUAAACAGUGCAGGGAAGCUGCAGAAGAGGCUGAGAAACAGUACAUUUCAAACAUUGAACAGCUUGACAAGACUCGACUGGAGUGGAAUACAACACACAUCAACACAUGUGAGGUGUUUCAGCAGCAGGAAGAAGACCGCAUCAGUGUACUGAGGAACGCUCUGUGGGUGCACUGUAACCAGUUAUCAACGCAGUGUGUGAAAGAUGAUGAGUGCUACGAUAAUGUGAGGACAUCACUGGAAAAUUGUGACAUCAUCGCAGACAACAGCGGCUUUGUGGAGAUGAAGCGCACUGGCUCGACCGCCUCAGCACCUAUUGAAUACCAAAAUUACUACAAGAGGGAAGAUACAGGAGAGAGCAACGGCACUGCUGGAUUCGUAGGAGUGAUAAAAAGGUUUUCAAAUCUUCUGCAGUCAAACUGUUCCAGUGGCUCCAAACUGAGCAUCAAUGAACCUACUGCAGAAACAUCUGAUGGAGUAUACGCCUCCAUUUCCGGAAGUCAGGUGCCCCAGCCGAGCAGUGAGGGGUUCAAGGUCGUGUACGACUAUGAGGCGCAGGGGGGCGGUGAGCUCUCUGUGUCUGUCGGCGACGUGGUGGUGGUAAUGGAUCAAGGUGAAGAUGGCUGGUGGACAGUGAAAAGGAAUGAGGUUACUGGAUUGGUCCCAGGCACAUAUCUUGCUAAAGAAUAAGUUAACCUGAAGCUCCAUGGAGGAUUUUAAGACUUUUAAAUGUCCUCAUGUUAUAUAUUGUAAAGGCCUUGUCUUUUCAAAUAACGUCAUAGUUUGAUCUUAUCUGUUGUUGUUUGUUUUGCAAGCAUCAUUUAAAUGCGGAAGCCCUGAGAGGCUGGUGAGCAAAAGUAAAUGGCGAUUCAUUUGCUAAGUCUUAUCUCAAAAACCUUUCUCCCCUGUGUUUAUGACUUAAGAACUAGAAAAUAUUUGUAUUGGAAUGGUAAUCUUUUUAUGUUGUAAAAAAAAGUUAUUCUGGGAAACAGAUGUCAAAAUACAUGUUGAAUAUAUUGUGUUUUAGCAAGUUAAGUACCAUCAUGUGUUUCUUGGCUGGACAUGUACUUUAAUCUUCUCAAAUCAGAUGCUUUGAAUUAUGAGUGGUGCACUUCAGCCUAUUGUGGUCAGAAUCAGUAUUAAAAAAAGUUAGUUUAAA